AUGUACUCAUGCGGUUUUAACGUUUAUGUCGAUUCCUGCGCAGAAUGGUGCAACUGCUCACCAACGGAGUACUUGCUAAAGAAAUGGCUGUCUCGGGAGUUUCGCGACUGGACGUUCACGGAAGCCGACAGCAUCGGAAUGACCAUCGGUCACGUGAGCGGGCUGCUCGUCGUCCUCGGCCUGUCCGUCGUCGUCGCCGCCGUCAUGUUCGCCGAACUGGUCACCGCCGGAGCGAACCGUUCCGUCGACCAGGUUCCGUUUCGCAACGUUAUUGACCGCUGCAACUCAACCGGAGCAGCGGUCGUGUAA